AUGUCGUCGGGAGAGUUGCCGUGCUAUACGUUGAUUCAUGUACCAAGCGAUUUUGAAAUACCAAGUGAAGUGCAGCUGAAAGAGAAAUUUGAAAAAGGUGACGUGAAAGCAAAAACAGAUGCAUUGAAGAAACUGAUUAUGAUGAUAAUGAACGGAGAAAAGAUAGGACAAGGCAUGAUGAUGCAGGUGAUUCGAUUUUGUUUGCCCACAUCUGAUCAUACAAUCAAAAAGCUGCUUCUUUUGUUUUUCGAGAUCGUCCCCAAGACAGCAUCAGAUGGCAAAUUGCUACAUGAAAUGAUAUUAGUGUGUGAUGCGUACCGCAAAGAUUUGCAGCAUCCUAAUGAAUUCAUUCGAGGAUCCACACUAAGAUUUUUAUGCAAACUUCGCGAGCCGGAACUUCUGGAACCUCUUAUGCCUGCAAUUCGUUCAUGUCUCGAACAUCGACAUGCCUAUGUUCGACGCAAUGCUGUUUUAGCUAUAUUCACCAUCUACCGUAAUUUCGAAUUUCUUAUUCCUGAUGCACCAGAAUUGGUAUCUACCGUAUUGAACAGUGAGCAAGACGCUUCUUGCAAACGAAAUGCAUUCAUGAUGCUUCUUCAUGUUGACCAAAGCAGAGCUUUAGAUUAUUUAUCAGAAGUUAUCGACCAAGUUACAACAUUUGGUGAUAUUCUUCAACUUAUAAUCGUGGAACUCAUUUAUAAAGUUUGUCACGCAAAUCCGUCGGAACGGGCACGCUUCAUUCGCUGUGUUUAUAAUCUCUUGCAGUCUUCAUCUCCAGCAGUAAAAUACGAAGCAGCUGGUACUCUCAUCACUUUGAGUUCCGCGCCUACUGCAAUUAAAGCUGCUGCAUCAGCUUAUAUUGAUCUUAUUGUAAAGGAAUCUGACAAUAAUGUCAAGUUAAUUGUUUUGGAUCGAUUAGUCGAAUUGCGUUCUUCUCCAACUAGUGAAAAAGUGUUGCGUGAAUUAGUAAUGGACGUUCUACGUGUACUGUCAGCUUCGGAUCUUGAAGUGCGGAAAAAGACGCUGCAGCUUGCAUUAGAUCUUGUUUCUUCGCGUAAUGUCGAAGAGAUGGUCAUGUAUUUGAAGAAGGAAGUUGGUCGUUCUUCGGAUGGAACAGCGGAUGAGGCAGAACGGUAUCGACAAAUGCUUGUACGAACACUACAUUCCACUACAAUCAAAUUUCCAGAUGUCGCAGCAAAUAUUUUACCUGUUUUGAUGGAAUUUCUUUCUGAAGAUAGUGAAAAUGCUGCACAAGAUGUUUUGGUGUUUGUAAGGGAAACCGUUCAACGAUUACCACAUUUACGCUCAGUUGUUUUAGCACAACUUUUGGAUAUAUUUGGAAAUAUACGCAGUGCGCAAGUUUUUCGGUCAGGAUUAUGGAUUUUGGGUGAAUAUUGUGAGUCAGCUGAAUCAGUGGUGAGAGUGAUGCAAUUUAUUCGAAAGUCGUUUGGUGAAUUACCCAUUGUAGAAAAAGAAAUGCAAACAGCUAAUAGUGACGAAGUCGUGGAUGAAAAGAACGAAAAUUCAACAGCUGAAGUAAUCUCGAAGACUCGACAACUUGUAACUGCCGAUGGCACGUAUGCUGCGCAGUCGGCACUUUCAAUAAGGACGGAAAUAAUGGAAAAUAAAGAUUUGUUACGUCGUUUUCUUCUCGAUGGAAACUUUUUCUUAGCUUCAUCGCUUGCAACUGCUCUGGUCAAACUUGUCCUCAAUUACAGCAAUUUUAUGAAAGAUAAACAUGACAAAAUUAAUUCAUUUGCGGGAGAGGCGCUAUUUAUUAUUGCAUCAAUCAUCAGUCUCGGAAAAAGUGGUCUUGCGAAAACAAAUGCAACCGAAGAUGAUCUUGAUCAUUUGGGUAUGUCGAUCAAAAUUUUAUGUGAAAAGUGGCCUGGUGCAGAAGCUGCAUUUUUACGAAAGUGUCGCGACAGUCUUGAGCUAAUGUUGGAAUCGAAAUCAGAAAAUGAACGCUUUGAAAACGAAGCAGCAAGCAGAACUGUUCAAGUGGAGGUAGAUCGUACAAUUUCGUUUACGCAGCUUGCCCCUCGUAUUGGUGAUGGAGUCACUGGAACUGAAAACUUAUUCGAUCUUUCAUUGUCACAAGCACUGGGAACUGUUGCAAAGUCUCCCAAAUUCGAUUUUGCUUCCUCCAAGCUAGGCAAGGUGAAGCAACUUGCUGGUUUUUCGGACCCUGUUUAUGCUGAAGCAUAUGUUAAUAUAAAUCAGUACGACAUUGUUCUUGAUGUACUUAUCGUUAAUCAAACAAAUGAUACUCUUCAAAACGUUUGCCUGGAACUAUCAACUGUUGGUGAUAUCAAAUUGCUCGAUAAACCAACACCCCUUACACUUGCACCUCGUGAUUUCUCCAACAUUAAGGCUACCGUAAAAGUUGUUUCCACAGAAAAUGGUGUGAUUUUCUCGGUUAUAGCCUACGAUGUUUGUGGAUCGACAUCUGAUCGAAAUUGCGUUUAUCUAGAAGAUAUACAUAUUGAUAUAAUGGAUUAUAUUGUACCGGGCAAUUGUACGGACACCGAAUUUCGGCAUAUGUGGGCCGAAUUUGAAUGGGAAAAUAAAGUCAACGUAAACACACCAAUCACCGAUUUACGUACAUUCCUAACGCAUCUAUCUGCCGUUACAAACAUGAAGUUAUUGACCACUGGUGCCGCAUUAGAAGGUGAAUGUGGCUUUUUGGCUGCCAACUUCUGUGCACAUAGCAUCUUCGGAGAAGACGCACUAGCUAAUGUUUCUAUAGAAAAAACCAAUCCCCUUGAUCCAAAUAGUCCGAUUAUAGGGCAUAUACGAAUUCGUGCCAAAAGUCAAGGAAUGGCAUUAUCGCUUGGUGAUAAGAUAAACUUCGCUCAGAAAGAGAGAAAAAUAACGCUGUUAAAAGGAGAAGCACUGUCGAACUAG